GUAUUUUGGGUCACGUGUUGGAGGCUGGGCCUUCUCUCUCUCCCAAUGGGGGUCACGGGCACCCCUCCCUCUCUGGGAGGGCGGGGCUCCCUCCUGGCCCUAGCGCCGGGCUCCCGGGCCGCACCUACCGGUCAGGUGUACCCAGUGGCCUCAGGGGGCCAGAAAGUUUAGGACUGAACCUACCCAACGUCUAGUAAUGAGGCCCUGGAACCUGAGAGUCCUGGAAAGCCGCCCUUAGGGCUCUAGGUCGCCGGCUUCUGCGCUUUUUUUCUCUCGAAAGUUGAAGAGCUUCCUGUCUUCUCAAACUUACUACUGCCCAGGUGCCAUGGCCCCCAAGCCGGGGGGUGAAUGGAGCACGGCCCUAUCCCACCUGGCGCUGGGAGUGGUGUCUCUGCACUCAGCAGUGAGCACCGCCCAGGUGAGUCGAGGGGCUGCUGCUGGCUUCCUGCUCCAGGUUUUGGCUGCCACCACCAUGCUGGCCCCAGGACUGGGCACACAUGAAGAUUGUCUUGCUGGAGCCUGGGUGGCCACUGUCAUCGGCCUGCCCCUUCUGGCCUUUGAUUUCCAUUGGGUGAACGGGGACCGAUCCUCUGCCAACCUGCUCCUGGGAGGAGGCAUGGUGCUAGCAGUGGCUGGUGACCACCUCGGCCCUGAGGGCCGCUCUGUGGCUGGUCAGGCAAUGCUGUUGGUGGUCGCAGUGACCAUCCUCAUUGUGGCUGUUUUCACAGCCAACACUUAUGGGAUGUGGGGAGGUGUGAUGCUGGCUGUGGCUGGUCUCCUGAGCCGGUUGGAGGAAGACAGGCUGCUACUGCUGCCGAAGGAGGAUGUCUGUCGCUGGGCCCUGGCUGCGGGCAGUUGGGCCUACUGCCGGGCCCUGCACACACAGUGCCUGCAGUGGGAAUGACAGAUGCAGCAAAGCAGGGCUUCUGCUCUGCCAACUGCUUUCCCUCCCAACAGCAUCCUCUUGGGGCCUUCUCUCCUAGGGAUAGACUCUUCCUUCCCAAAGUGGGCUUGCUGCAGGUUGACUGGUCAGAGUCAGAGUCUGGGUGCUGUCCCUUGUCUGGCCACAUGUGGGGACUUGCCUAGACCAGAGUGAAGGGGAUGGGGUCCCAGACACAUGUUGGUGCCUGAUUUGGGGCUUGACGUGUUUGUGGGUCCAGAGAGAGGCCUGGUCUCCAAUAAACCUUAGAAAUUUCACAGGAAUAUG